AGACGGAUUCAAGCAUAACAUCACUAGAUUAAACUUAUUGUAGAGAUUGAAGCUGGAGACUCCGACGUGUCUUGGAUACUGAAGCUUGUUGGUUUCUGUCCUCUGCGGAGGCCAGCUCGCUGGAGAAACGGCGGAGCAGAGGAAGGACCUGACAAAGACUUGUUAUCGAGGGAAGCCUCGUCGGGAAGGAAGUGUUCCCUGCAGAUGUGCAGCAGCUGCUGGUGAUUACAGAAGGGGUUCUUUCUAAAUGGAGUCUUAUCAAGCAGAACCUAGAGUCCCAUUUCAUAAAGGAGGAACUAUGGCCCAAUCAGGAUGGGGAGCAGUUGAUAACAAGCUGGUAGAGACUGGCACCAGUUUACCAAUGAUGGCGGCCCCUCUGAAGAGUGAAGAUGAUGACGAUAAAGAAUUUCAACCUUGGUCAUAUUCAGCCCACCUUCAUCAAGCCCAAACUGAAGGCAACACAGAUGUAGAGACUCCAACCAACAACCCAGAUAAACAGAUAAAAUCAGAAAGUGAUGGAGAGGACUGUGGAGGACCAGAACUAACCAGUAACCCAGACCCAAACAGUUAUUUGCAACCAGAUAGUGACAAAAAAGCUUCAGGCUCUUCUAAGAUAAAACAUUUGUCACAUUUGAAACCUGAAAUGGAAGACGAUGAUAAAAGUUGGAAUCCCACGAAGGAACAUGGGUCAGGUGUACCCGGUGAUGUGGAGAGUAACUCUGCCAAAAAAUCCCUCAUCUGCUCUGAAUGUGGUGAAGAGUUUCACUACCAAAAAUCUUUCCAGAGACACUUGACACAGCAUUCAGAUGAAAGGUCUUUCAGCUGUAUGAACAGUAAGAAACAUUUUAAAGUAGCACAAAAUGUAAAUGUGCAGAAAAGAGUCCACACAGGAAAACAAACAGUUAGAUGUGAUGUUUGUGAUGAAAUCUGUAGUAGUACAGUACAUCUUAGGAUACACAUGAAAAUCCACACAGGAGACAGACCAUUCAGCUGUGAUGAAUGUGGGCAUAGAUUUAGUCGAAAGACCAAUUUAAAGCAACACAUGAGAAUCCACACAGGUGACAGACCAUUCAGCUGUGAGGAAUGUGGACAAAGAUUUAGUCUAAAGACAAACUUAAACCGGCACAUAAGAAUCCACUCAGGAGACAGACCAUUCAGCUGUGGGGAAUGUGGACAAAACUUUAGUCAAAAGACAGACUUAGACAAACACAUGAGAAUCCACACAGGAGACAGGCCAUUCAACUGUGGGGAAUGUGGACAAAGAUUUAGUCACAAGACAAGUUUAAACCAACACAUGAGAAUCCACACAGGAGACAGACCAUUCAACUGUGAGGAAUGUGGACAAAGAUUUAGUCAAAAGACACACUUAAACCAACACACGAGAGUCCACACAGGAGACAGACCAUUUAGCUGUGAUGAAUGUGGACAAAGAUUUAGUCGACUGACAAACUUAAACCGACACAUGAGAAUCCACACAGGUGACAGACCAUUCUGCUGUAAUGAAUGUGGACAAAGAUUUAGUCAAAAGGCAAACUUAGACCAACACACAAGAAUCCACACGGGAGACAGACCAUUCAGCUGUGGGGAAUGUGAACAAAAAUUUAGUCACAAGACAAACUUAAAACUACACAUGAGAACCCACACGGGAGAGAGACCAUUCAGCUGUGAUGAAUGUGAACAAAGAUUUAGUCGAAAGACAAGCUUGAAACAACACAUGAGAAUCCACACAGGAGAGAGACCAUUCAGCUGUGGGGAAUGUGAACAAAGAUUUAGUCAAAAGACAAACUUAAACGCACACAUGAGAAUCCACACAGGAGACAAACCAUUCAGCUGUGGGGAAUGUGGACAAAGGUUUAGUCAAAAGGCAAACCUAAACCAGCACAUUAAAAUCCACACAGGAGAGAGACCAUUCAGCUGUGAUGAAUGUGGACAAAGAUUUAGAAUGAAGACAAACUUAAAUACACAUAAGAAUCUACACAGGAGAGAGACCAUUUCAUUGUUGGGUUUGUGGUAAAUUCUAUGUAAAGCACUUUUAAUUGUCUUGUACGUGACAUGUGCUAUACAAAUAGAUUUGCCUUGACUAAAAUUAUUUAGGUGGUUUUAAGGUUUAAAAGGACACAUGCAUGCCCACACAAAAUAGAGAAGGCACAAUUGCAGGAUUUUGCUACAAUCCUGUAAACCAGAGGUCCCCAACCCAGGUCCUCAAGGCCCACUAUCCUGCAGGUCUUAGAUGUCUCCCUGCUGCAACACACCUGAUUCAAAUUAAUGGCAUAUGACAAGCUCUGCACAAGUCUGCUAACAAGCCACUUAUUUAAAUCAGGUGUGUUGAAGCAGGGAGACAUCUAAGACCUGCAGGAUAGUGGGCCUUGAGGACCAGGGUUGGGGACCUCUGCUGUAAACAAUGUGUUGUUUCCAGUGUAGAUAUGUGCUGGUUAGAAAAACUAUAGGGGAGUAUUCCAGGAAAGUUACUAAAGAACGCGUCCCUCGUAAAGUUGCGACUCAAACUGGCACCAUCUUAUUGAUCCUCAACUUGUUGGGGGGGUUAAAAAAACAACUCAACUUUCUCUUUUUAACUCAUUUAAAAAAAACUUGAACAAAUGUCUCACCUGCUUUGUCUUUCUCUGAUUGUCCUGGAAAGUGUUGGUCUCACUUUGUACUGCUUAAACCUUAAUUGCCUAUUUUGUUUUUGUACACCAACCACUGGGAGACAGAGUAAAAUGAUCUUUGAAGAAUAAAUAGUCAAUACAGUUGGGAUUUUUCUUUUUCUAAAAUUUAAAUAUUUGAUGCCACUCAUUGCAUACAAGGUUGGACAUUAAAAAUUCUGUGUUUUUUGUUUGUUGUACAGAUAAUGAAAAUUUUGAUAGUUUAUAUUUAAUAGAUUGAAUUUAUGUGGAGGAACACUUUUGGGUGUCUCAUUUUGACCUGUCAGUCAUUAUUUGAGGCGAGACUUAAAUCAGCUUUACAGGCGGGCCGGAGCAGACAUGUUCUCCAGCAAUUGUUACCAUGGUAACUCAGCAGGGACUUAUUGAAACCAUUGUAGCAGUUUAUUUUAUGUAAUUAUAUAUGUGUUGCAGCUUACUGUGUAACUCAUGAAGUUCUCAGAUCAAAAAAAAAGAUGAGAUUCGAAAAUUAUUUUUCUUCAAAUUUACACUGCAGUCUGAUGAGAAGUGGUUAAGAUUUGCAAAUUAGAUAUAAGAAAAAACAGACAUCUUUGCUAUUAAUCCACUUUUUGUUCAUGUGUUUGUUUCUUUUAUCAAAUAUUUACACUACAGUUCAAAAGUUUGGGGUCACUUCCCUAUUGAAUCCCAUGGCAAAGUGACACCAAACUUUUGAACGGUAGUGUCAUUUCUAAUAUCUAUAUAGAUCUUGGAAGCACAACACAAAUCAUGAAAAUCUACACAAUUUUUAAUCAAUUUAGUUAAUUUGUCAAUUUAGGGCAUUUCUUCUGUUAUCAUAUGUAGUAGCUUUGCUUUAUAAUCACUUGUUCAUGUUAUUUCAAAAGCUUUUUUGGCUAACGUCCUGUCAUGCCUCCGUGUUCUACUGAACGCUUCAGAAGGUCUUCUGUUCCUGCAGCUGUCCAAUUUUUUAAAUGAACACCUAGUUUUUUUUUGUUUGUUUCUUUUAAGACCAUGUUUUUGGUAUAUGUACACAUUUAAGGUUUCUGUCAUGUUUUUUGUCAUUGUGUAUGUAUGAGAUGUUUGGUGGC